AUAAUGUUACUAGAUCGUUGGGGGAAAGAGCCACAACAAUCGAGACGAGGUAACGGCGGCCAUGGCGGUGAACGGCUGAUUGAUGCAGCCAAGCGGCCCGAGCUGCUGCACUGCCGAUAAUGGUGCGCCACGGUGGGUGUCGUCGAUAAGCUCAUGGAGGGUUCGGUCGGCCAUUCGGCGUCGGGUCGGCGAUAGUGAGCUAUGGCGCUGCUACGGUGGCGGUGCUGACGAACCACGUCCCCGCCGUCAUCGACCUGCCGCAGCAGCAUGGCUACAGCCGGGUGUGCCCCCCCACUUCUGCUGCUGCUACUGCUGGUUCUCACCGGGUGCCAAGCAGAUGGCUGCGACUUUCCGGCAGCCUGGUGGGGCGAGUGGUUCCUGCAAGGUGCACGGGAACCCGUGCGCAUCAACCGCACCCACAUAUCCACAAGAGGUCGCUGCCUUGAGGGCCGCGAGAGCAAGUUCCUGCUGUCUGAGACUGGCUGUGUGCGCUGCCUGGGAAUCAGCGCGAAGCAUACAAACGUGCUUCAGUACAAAGAGACGGCUUGCUCGCACCAGACGUCGCAUGCGGCUGUGUGUGCCGAGUUUGCGGGUGACGCCAGCCUGUACUCGCUGUUUCGGCUCAACGGCAGCGAGCAGGAGUGCCCCAUUCAGGGUCCCCUGCUCUUCAGUUACAACCAGGGCGGCGGGGACUGUGCCAACCCUCCCUCAUACCUGGAGUCAUGCACCGAGCCCAGCAGGCUGCUGCUACGAUUCCAGGCCUGUGCCAGCGUUUUGGGCUCUGAGAGUAGAGAGGAGCAGCUGACGUGCCUGGCCUCUUGGAAGGAGGGCUCUGUGCGCUACCUGGUUGGCCGACUGGUGCACGCAGCGGCCAAGACUGAUGCUGAUCGACUGCGCUGCUUCGCAUAUGAGCAGUUCGAUGGCGGCUGGCAACUCGCUCAAUCAGGGGACGCGACGUGCGACGCCCUGAGUGGUGCGACCGAAGGAUCGCGCACGCUGCGCCUGUGGCCGCCUCCGACGCCGCCGGGUAGCAUGUGCACCUGGCCUGACUGGUUCUCGCAGGGUUUUUGGCAGCCCCUUGGAGAGGCUGGUGCCCCUCUCGAGGUGCGGGCGCCUGACUUGCUACUUAUGGGUGCCACACGGCUGCGCUGUCUUGAGCCGCUGCAUGCCAUGAGUGAGCCAGCCGAAGCACGCUUCAAGGUCCAAGCUGUGCAUCAAUGUUCCAGCCAGCGGCGCUGCCUGGGACUUCUGCGGAAGACGCCGCAGGUAGUGGAGCUGCGUCUGGGCGACUGCGAGCAGCCGUCGCGACCGCUCACGUUGGUGCGGCAGCAGCAGGCCGGAGGCAGCUGUGGACCCAUCCUGGGACGUCUCUCCCUGCUUCCUCAAGGGGGCAGCACUGCGGGCCUCCUGCUGCGUGGCUGCAGUGGCAACUCUGUGCUCAGCUGGGACUGUCGUGACCACCAGGAACAGUUACAACUGAUGCUGGGAUGUGGCUCGGACGUUCACCGAUUCAGGUGCCAUGGCAGCUGGGAGGAAAACGGCACACGCCUGCUAGUGGCAAGUGCUGUGUCUAGCCCGCGGCACUACUGCAUCAUCGUGUUGGCGCAGCGUGUGCAGUUUGCCGAGAGUCCCCCUGCAUGCGUCCCGGGCCUUCCCUGGCCGUGGUGGUCGUUCGAGCUCACACGCACUGACAGCUGUGAUUCGCAAGAAACUGGUGCAGCUGCUGGCCUGUGGCACCCAUUAACUCUUUUGGUGUUGCCACUUGCAGUCCAGAGGCUCUCCUAGGUGGUGCUGUGGACAGCAAGCUGCACAACAGUGUCCGUGCUGACCUUGUGUGUGUGUGCGCUAUAACAGAAAACCAGGCUGUGUCUGUUGUAGGAAGAAGAAAACUUCACAGUCAAAUUCAACUUUAGAACUCCACAACGUUUCCUCCUAUGUGGUGCUGUGGUGGAUGAGUAACUGCACGGCAGUAUCGGUGCUGGCUUUGUGUUUUCACAGAAAAGCACAAAGUUGAGAUAGUUGGUAUUUAAGUGCUGUGACAAAACUCUUGGCCAUGUUUGUUCAAGGGAGAAGACAAGGUGCACAUCUAGGCAAAAGCCUCUACCUGGGACUUGAGAAAAACUUGUUCUUGGACAAGUUGGGGUUGCCAAACACGGUAAUUUUGUUGCAAAGCUAAAGAUAUGGAAAAAGACAAUACAGUUAAACCUGCCUAUAACGAACCUCCAUAUAACGAAUUCCUCGAUGCAACAGUUUUUUUAUUUGUCAUCGUCACUCUAUAGAAGCACAUGUAUUAGCAACUUCUGUUUAAAAAAGUGGUAGUGGGUAACACCCUUGAUAUAAUGAAUUUUCGCCAUUAACAACUUAAGACUUUCGCCCCUAAUUUUCUCAUUUUAGCACGAGCAUGCACCAUCCGCAGUAGCCCCACCAAGGAAGCGUGAGGCGGCGGCGCGCUUGUGGCCUGGGCGACUCCUAGACGAAAACAAAUACUUGUUAUAGUGCGCGCGGGUGUGCGCGAGAAGGGCAAGCAGGCCUCGCCCCUCGAGCCGGCGUUGCCACUGUUCUUGCCGCCACGGGCACAUGCGCAAAUGUGCCUUCCCUCUCCCCCCAAACCAACCAACAAACAAAAAACAUUUGCGUUGACAGCACCACUCUUGGAAUGCUGCAAAAGUCUUCGAACUGCACUUUAAAUAGUGACACAGGUGAUGCCACUUUGCAUUGUUACACUUUUAGUUAGCGUCACAUAUGUGGGGCCACACUGCAUAUGGAGAGCGCUUUACAGAAUAGUUUUUGGCGGUAUCUGUGUCGUUCGCUCGUUUUCGACGCUGUGCGCACGUGCAUGGUAUCACUUCGCGCACAUGAAGUGGCCACCGACGACGUUCAGCAUCUGUUUUAUUUUCUUUUAUUGUUAAUAUCAACAAACGUAUUGUUACUACCAAGGAGAUGUCGGAUUAGGCGCUGAUAGGAACUUUGAAUAUUCGGAGGUUUACUUGUCCACGCUUUUCGGUCUUGCACCACGCUGUGAGUUGCGAGACUGUAGCCUUCACGAUUAGCCGAUGGGCUCUGGCAACAUGAUGGCACAAUGAAUACAAUGCAAUCGAUGCAACAGGAACUAGUUGUAAUGUUAUAUGAAGUAAG